AUGAAGUUCAAGGAGAAGGUGAACAUCUGCUUGUCACUGAGCUUGGGUAUUAUUGCUGGCGUUUGCGGCAUCGUUCGCACCACAGGGCUCGAUGCUUUGGCAGUCUCUGAUGACUAUCUCUAUGCUGUAACCGAAUCAGCAAUUUGGACCAACUCUGAAAUUACCCUUACGAUGAUCUGUGUCAGCGUACCAGCCCUACGACCCCUCUACCGAUCCCUGGCCGGCCGAAGCACGUCGAACGAAACUUCCAACUAUAACCAAAUCAACCCCUAUCAUCUGCAAAAAUACAAUGGCCAAACUUCACAUCCUGAUUACGCGCUGGAGUCAUUGACUACCACUACUGUACAUGGAAAACAAGCUGCCUGCGACAACAGUGCGACUAGCAAACACACUGGUAUUGAUGAAGGUAGCGACGAUAUGGAUACGAGUCACAUUUUGAAUCACCAAAACUACGAUCCAAGCGUUAUUCAUCAGAUAACAGAGGUGGACAUAUCUUAUGAAGAGAGAAAAGGCGACGUUCCAACAGUCCCUGCUAAGGCGAGGCAGCAUAUUUGA